AUGACUGAUCUGGUAGAGUCGAUCAUGAAGCCCAAGACCCUUCCUGCUGGUCAGUGGCCUCUUCGUCGCUCUAUCGUUCCACCCCAAGGCAGCAACUUUGUCUUUGAGCGUACUCUCAAGGAUCCCCAGAACGUCAACCACUGCAUUGACUACCAGUUGUUCACCGGUCUCUUGACUGAUCGUUCCAACCGCGCCAAACUUCUGCUAUUUGCACAAAUGUCAGACGAAGGCUGCUUUGACACCCUUCGCUCAAAGGAGCAGCUCGGCUACGUUGUUCAGUCCAUGCCGUUGAUGCUCACCGCCAUCUCUGGUUGGCGUGUGUUGAUUCAGUCAGAGAGAUCACCUGAAUACCUCGAGAAGCGCAUCGACGUCUUCUUGAACACAUUCGGUGACAAUCUCAAGAAUAAGAUGAAGGAUGAAGAAUUCGAGUCACACAAGACAGCUCUGAUCAACAAGCGAUUGGAGAAGAUGAAGAACCUCAACCAAGAGAGCGGUCGUUUCUGGCAUCACGUUACUAGCGAAGCCUUUGACUUCGAGCUCGGUAAGUUUUGGCUCCUUCCCAGCACUGACUGUACUUACUGA